AUGCCCGAAUAUUAUGAUCAUCGAGGGGGUGUUCCACUACAUUUGUUUCCAGAAGCAACUGAAAUAUCAGGGGAUCUGUUGUAA